ACGAGCUGAUCCCCUCCCUCCACAACAAAACAAAUCUCCUUCCUCCUCCAUCUUCUUCCCCCUCGCCCUCUCUAUCCCGCGUUCCAUCGCUCCGCGCCGGCGCCGCACCACCCUCGAAUUCCGCCAUGCCGAAGGGGGCCAAGAAGCGUGCCAAGCUCAAGAAGAAGCAGCAGGGGGACCACCCCGCCGGUUCCGAAGGCGGUGCCAACGGGAACAACGGAAGCAAUAACUCCAGCCACGGCGACGCCGCCAGCGAUGGCAACCACCUACCAAUCCCACUUAACAUUCCUCCAGUGGAUGCGAGCGAGGAUUCGAUGGAGAGCUCCGAGGAGAUGGUGACGCCGAGGGCGGAGGCCGACGAGGAGGAGAAGAAGGGGGCCGCCUCAGAGGUGCCUGUGGAGCGCACCGACGAGGUCGUUCAGGAGGACGCAACGGGCGAUGCCGGGGAGGAGGUCAUGGUUGAUGCUUUGCCGCCUGAAGCCGGUCAGCGGGAACAAGAGGGUAAGGUAGAUGUGAGGGCGAAGGCGCAUGUCGUGGUGCAGGAACCGGAGGUGCAGGAUGUCGUGGUGUCUGAGGCACCUGAGGUGCUGGAACCGGAGGUGAAGAGCGAGGGGGUGGUGGUCCGGGAGACGGCCAAGGUGCAUCCGGUGCAUGAACCAGAGACGGAAGGCGAUGAGGUUGUGGUCAGGCAGACGGCCACGACAGAUGUGGUGCAGGAACCGGAGGCAAAGGGUGAGGUAUCACGGUCUCGUGAGGCAGCUAGUGUGCAGACUACAGAGGUGGCGCGUGGACCUGCAGUAGCGGUGGCUGCUGCAGGGCAUCGGGCGAAAUGGUGGAAUUGCUGCGGGGUUUUUGAUGCCCUUGCUGGUUCAGAGAGAUAGAUUGAGGUACAUGAUUGGAACUUGGAAAGCAAGAGGACAGAAGAUGCAAAGUUGUUCAAAGCUGAUGGGUAAUUGUAACUAAACUCGUUGAAUGGCCACACAAAUGAUGAAGUUGACGGGUUUUGAACGACAUCGUGCUGAUGUUCUCCCCGCCCAUGUUUCUGUGUCUUGCUGUGCAAAGUUACACCGUAUUGGUUGUGGUUAAUAUGCGUGGGUGUUUAGUAUUCUGAAGACCCUUGUCUAGUAUCUCCUAGGUCUGCUGUCCUUGUAGCAUAUGAGUUUAAGCGGGUCGACUCUGAAAAUUUUGCUCUUUAUUUCUUAUACUUAAUUUUUGGGGAGGUAUGUCCCCUUUUCAUGACCAUGUCACAGUUUGAGACGUUCUUUGUAGUGGUGGUCUGUGAUAAUCCCCAACAUAUCAGACUGUUCAUUACAGAAAUAAAUAAUCCUGAGAUGUGUGGGGUUAGACUCUUAA